AUGAAACUCAUCGCGACGAUGCCUGGCGGGAAUCUCGAAGUCAUUCCAACCACUGAGGACAAGGAAAUGCAGAUCGAGUACAACGGCAUUCAAUUUAAGGACUCGUUGAAGCUCAUCAGCAGUCCACUGCGUUCCAUUGUGGCUCAGACACUUGGAGGUAACUUGGACCUCUAUGUGCACACCAAACAACAACUACGCAAGUAUUGCGAGUCUAGAGGCAAGCAAUGGAGUGACGAGUACAUCGAUUUGUUGACACGGAAAGAACCCAUGUUCUACAGUCUCAUCAAGUCGUACGAGUCAUUGAACAAUACAGUCAUUCCUUCUCGUGAGCAAUGCAUUGAUGAUAUGAAGGGAGAAAUGAUGCCCCAAGACGAAUAUGAUGACAUGGUGAAGCUGUGGAAGACCUUCGAUAUCAAGACAUGGGGUGAAUACUACGAGUUGUACAAUGUACUCGAUGUAACUCUCAUGGCUGAUGCAUUCGAGCAUUUCCGAAACACCACACUGAAUGCAUUCGGUGUUGAUCCAAUGCAUUACAUCACAGCACCACAAAUGGCCUAUUCGCUAUUCUUGAAGGUCACAAUGGAGGGUGAUCAUAGUAAGAGUAGCCUCAUGACCCUCGCAAGGAAAUGGGCUCAGGAUAUCAUGCGCAUCAACGCCAACGAGGGACUCGCCGAGAAACAACUGGUGAAAGUGUUCUUGAAUCGCAUGGGUGAAUUCUAUGAUAGCAAGGGCAUUCGAUUGAUGGAGACAAAUGAUAUCGAUGACUUCAUGCGAUUGUUGAAGAACCUGCGAGGAGGUAUCACUCAGAUCGUGAAACGGCAUGCCAAGGUUGACAUUGACAACAAGGAGCAAGCAACGUCGUCCCAAGGCAUCUACUACCUGGACGCCAACAACCUGUACGGUGGAGCUAUGCAUCGAAUGAUGCCUUACGAAUUGGUGGGUGUACCUGAACGUCAAGAAGUGAUGGAGAAAAUCAAUCAUGACCCGAAUGGGUGGGUGCAAUCACUCAAGACGUUCGGCAAGUAUGGAUUCUUCAUCGAAUGUGACAUCGAGGCACCAGUGGAACUCCACGACAAGUUCAAUGACCUGCCAUUCUUCCCCAAGAACGACAUUGUGGACAAAGUGAAAGAGGUGAAUACACCGAAGCUCAUCUGCGAUCUUGUGCCUCGUCAAAAGUAUCUCGUACAUUACUCACUGUUGCAACUGGGCAUUCAACAGGGAUAUCGUGUCACGCACAUUCAUCACAUCAUUCGUUUCAAGCAGGCACCGUUCAUCUUCGAAUACGUGAACAUGCUGAGUGAGAAACGAGCCAAAUCCAAGACCACUGUGGAGAAGAACCUGUACAAGCUGUUGGCAAACUCGACCUAUGGCAAAUUUGUGGAGACUGGAUUGAAACGGAUGAAAGUGAAGUUCGCUAACACAUGGAAUGAACAUAUGAUCGCCGGGAUAACCAUGUAUUCCGAGAAUCUGAUCGGCAUCAAGCUGAAUACACCGGUGCGCAGGGUGGUGAAGCCAUUCUUCAUCGGGUUUGCCAUUCUCGACAUGUCCAAACACAUCAUCUACGAUUUCUACUACAAUGUGCUCAAGAACACAUUCGAUAGCGUGGAGCUGUUGGGACAGGACACGGACUCGCUCAUCGUACAACUGAGCGACAAGGGCAACAUCGUUCACAAGAUGUGCGACAUGUACAAAUCGUUCGACUUCUCGGAAUUGGAUAACACUAGCUACUUCUAUGGUGAACUCGUGAAGUACUAUGAGCAUGAAGUGGACAAGAGCAAGUUCCCUUCAUUGGACUCGUUCCUCAACUUCAACAAGAAGUUACCUGGUCCGAUCUUCAAGGACGAACACAACGGAUAUCGCAUCACAGAAUUCGUUGGACUGAGACCGAAGAUGUACUGCUUUGUUGAUGAGAAGCAUGUGAUACACAAUGCAGCAAAGGGAGUUCCUCGCAAUGUGGUAAUCGAUGGUGAGAGAAUAAGCGUGAAGAACAUCGAUUUGUACAAGCGUGUCUUCGAGGCCAAGAGGAAUGGAAAUGUAAUCAUUGAGGGCUCCUUCAAGAGAAUCAAUAACUAGACCUUCGAUAUCAGCACGAAGGAGCAGACCAAGACACUCAUGACGUGCACAGACAACAAACGAUGGAUCUUGGACGACAACGUGCACACACUCGCGUUCGGGCAUUACCGACUGAAAGGCAUGUAAAGGAGAUGUUGAUUUUUACUUUGUAUUUUAUCAGAUAGUGUAUAAAGGGCAGACAAUGACCAAAAUGGCAUAAAAUGGUAGAAAUAACUUUCGCGCUUUUUACGUCAUGGCUAUCGAGGUAGCCGAGUUGACAAUGGUCGAAAAUGGCGACCAGGUAGAAAAUAGGCAGCCAGGAAUAAAAUAGCAGAAAAAGGCGUCGUCGAUUUUCGGCUAAGGUUGAUUUUGGUGACCUUAUUUCUUAUGAAAGCCAAAAAAGUAAAGUUGUCAAAGUCACCUCUCAGACCCCGAUUUUAGGGCAUUUUCCUCAUGGAUUUGAGGUGUAAGGGCCUGAAAAGGGCAGAAAGGGCAGAAAAGGGCAGAAAAAGGGCAGAAAUAUUUCUCGCGCUUUUUAUGUCAUUUACCUACUACUAGUGAAUAUUGAUCGUUUUUAGAUAUUCCAAAUCUUCAAUAUGUCAAGCUACCUUACGCUUACCAGAGAGUUUGGUCGAAAUCAAUAUCGAAUGUUUCUUCCAUUCUAGCUGAUCAUGUUCAUAUCACAAUGGAUACAGCUGUGUCACCAAAGCAAGCACCGUUAUCUAUCAUAUGGUAAUAAUAGAAUCGAUGUUUCUUUACCUUAUUUCAAUAUAUUUCUACUUCUUUAAUUUCAUUCCAUUCCAUUCAAUGAUUAUUGUAUAUUCUCUAUGUUUCUCUCUGCU